UUAUAUCUCCUUCGCCUUCGCCUUCGCCAGAUUUGUUUGGUUUGUCUCUUUUUUAUCUCUUGCCUUGUAUGUAUAUAUGAUACUGGUAUAGAUUAAACUCAAAGAGGGUACUCUUCUUUGUUGAGAGCCAAGAUUAUGGCAUCCUCUAAGAAUGAAGAAAGUGGUGCUCAGGAUGCAGCAGAACGGAUUAAGGCUGCAGCCUUGUCAGCUGCAAAGGGUUUGAGUCGUGCUCAGGCUGAGCGUGCUGCUACCGCUGCUGCUAGAAAUGUCAAUGCAUAUGGACAAAAGGAAGAAGGACCCAGUCGAUGGCAGGAAAGAAAAGAAGCAAAGAGGCAGAUGUAUUUAAUGAGUACUGAGAAACAGGUGCGACUGGGUGAAAGGAAAGACAAGGCUUCAGGUUCCACUCUUGGUGCAGCUUCACAAUGUCAGAAAUGUUUCCAGGCAGGGCACUGGACUUAUGAGUGCAAGAAUGAGAGGGUGUACAUAUCACGACCAUCUCGCACGCAGCAGCUGAAAAAUCCAAAGUUGAGGAUGAAAGUUUCAGUAGCUUAUGAUCAAGAAAACCCAGCUAUUGAGAAGGAGGUGAAGAGUGAAAAACCUGUGAAGAAGACUAAGAGGAAGCAUAAGUCAGAUACAGAGUCAGGGACUGAUAGUGAGGCUUCAGUAUUCGAAUCUGGCAGUGAGGCGUCAUCAGUCACAGGGUCAGAUUAUUCUUCUGGGGAGAGUGACUCAAGCGAUAGUUCUUCAACUGAUUUAGAGGAAGAGAGGAGGAGGAAGAGGAAGAAGAAGAAGAAGAAGAAGCAGAAGAAGAGAAGACACCGGAAAUACAGCUCAACAUCUGAGUCCUCUGAUUCAUACUCAGAUUCUGAGUCUGAUUCUGAAGGACGGACUAGCCGUAAGAAGAGCAGCAAGAGGCAUAGCAAAAAGCGGUGAAGAAUUGAACAAGAUGAGAACUCCAUAUGUGAUAUCUUGGUAAUGUGAUGAGGGCUUCUGGAUUGCAGAUUGCUCUUUACUUGUGCGGUCAAUAUGAUCUCUUGUAUUAAUCCUUGAAAGAGUAGUGCGAGCAUUUGCGAGAAUAUAUGCUUUAAGCUAUUUUUUCCUGCUAGGGCAGUGGUUGCUAGUUGCUACUGAACAAUUCAUGUAUCACUUCGUACGUAUGACUUCAAAAUUUACUCUUAAUUCUGUGUUUCCAGUCUAUUGUUUGUGCUUUCCAUUUUAUAAGCAUCAUGUAU